AUGCCUUGCACACCAAAACAUCUCCCUCACCCACAACCCCCUCACCGUGCAUCCGCGACCCCUCACCAUUCCAGAAGCGCGUGUGCCCCCUGGCACACUAUCCCUCCCCGAAAAAUAAUCUCAAUCGAGCACCCGGCCAUCAUCAAGAACGUGGACAAAGCAAUUGAGACGCUGGGCGGCGCUAAAGCUCUGAAAAAACUCUCGGAAACGAACGCCUCCCCCGGCCUCGACCUCCGCUUCCGCCCCGAAGACAUCAUGCAACCGCCCAUUCAAUCGAAAACCGUCGAGACGAAUAACAUACUCCUCAAGAUCCGCAUACCAAAGCGUAAGCGUGCGCCUGGGGAAGGUCCGGAUGAGCGCAGCGUGUUGGAGAGGUUGCGCGAUGCUGGGGAGGAGUGUACGAUCGAAGCCGUGGGGACGAUUGCGCAGACGGUGAGGUUUAGAGAUAUGGCGAAUUACCAGUUCAAUACGGCAGAUGUGGAGAUUGUGCGGAGGGUUAGGGAUGAGUUGGGGGGCUUGGAGUAUGCGAGGAUCAAGAACUUUGACAUCCCCCCCAGUCGUGGACUUAGAGAUCCGCAUCCCAUUCUCCCCCCGCCGUCGUUCUCGAAUACAGCGAUGCAGCACAACUACUACUACCGUCAGAACCCCGCCAUCAAAAAAACCCUAGUGGCCGGCAAACCCGCACUUCUGAACCUCCAGGCCGCACCGAAGACGCUCACACCAAUGGUGCACAUCUCCACCCCUACCACCCCCCUGUGCCCUCCGGACUCACUGCGACCCUACGACCUCCUUGACCGCGGGAACAAACAGUGCGUCGACCACCUGCGCAAGCUCUUUGCCCAACGGCCCAUCUGGACGCGCCGCGCCCUCUUUAACCACUUUCCCAAGAACCUCCAGAGCCUCGUGCGCUUCUCCAUGGUGCACGUGGCAUACAUGUGGCGCGCCGGGCCCUGGCGCGACACCUGCGUCGUGUACGGGUUGGACCCGCGCGCGGAUCCGCAGUAUCGUGUGUACCAGGCUGUGUUCUUCCAAGUCGACACGGAAAAGACGGCUAAGGGGAGGGAAAAGGCGAGGACUGGUGCGAGCCAUAUAUUCGACGGGAAAAACCUCGUGCGUGACGGCCGGUGCUUUCAGCUCUGCGACGUUACGGACCCCCUGUUGAAAGGUGUAAUUGACGGCGCUAGGGUUCGGUCUAAAUGCGAUGUUUUAUCCCCUCUCCCGUUUUGCCCGGCGUCUGCGCAUAGACUUAUAAUUGUGAAAUAG